AUGAAUAACGGCACAAGGCGAGCUUUAACAGGCUCAAUACAUAAAAUAAGAGAAUUCGAACUUGAAAAAGUCAGUCUUGUGGAGGAAUUCGACAUAUUACAAAUCGUCGGAGAAGGAUGGUUCGGAAAAAUUCUUUUAGUAGAACACAGAGCUUCAGACACAGAAAUAGUGCUCAAAGCGCUCCCAAAACCCUACGUGUCUAUUAGAGAUUUUUAUAGGGAAUUCCAUUAUAGUCUACAUUUAAGCGCACAUAGGAAUAUCGUUACAACAUUCGAUGUUGCAUUCGAAACUGCAGGUUUCUAUGUGUUCUGCCAGGAGUACGCUCCGUUGGGUGACCUAACAUCGAACAUGUUAGACACGGGUAUAGGUGAAAUUCAUACAAAGAGAGUAGCUAAACAGCUAUCAUCUGCUCUGGAUCACCUCCAUCAACGAGACUUGGUGCACCGCGACGUAAAACUGGAUAACAUUUUGAUAUUCAAAUCGGACUUCUCUAAAAUCAAACUGUGUGACUUCGGUGAAACUAGAAAAGCUCAAUCCGCUGUUAGGAGAAGAAACGAAUGGUUGCCGUAUUCACCACCGGAAGUUUUGAAAUUAUGCGUGGAUACUACAUAUAAGGCACUAAUCGCACAUGAUAUUUGGCAAUUCGGAAUAGUUAUUUUUAUUUGCCUGACCGGUUGUUUGCCUUGGCAAAAAGCCGCCUUCGACGAUCCUAGAUACACAAGUUAUUAUGGUUGGUACAACAGCUCAAAUCCUCUUAGGAAACAACCCAAGCUCUGGAAAAUGGUGUCUUCGCGAGCGCAGAAAAUGUUUAAAAAGUUUGUAGAGCCCAGACAGGAGAAGAGAGCCACCAAUUUCAAUGAACUUUCCCGAUUUUUAGAUGACAGAUGGAUGGCCAAGGGAUACACUGAUAGAGUCGCGGGAGGCGACAUAGACGAGCUUUGUCCAUCCAUGUACAGUUUCCAUAGCGACCCCAAUGAGAAGAAUAUUUUACUGAAACAUUUCCGAGAAAAUGGUAUAGAAACAACAGUAGAUCGUCAAGUCAAAAAGCAAAGAAUUCGUGAAUGGAUACAGAAUAGCGUUAUCGAAGAAGUCAAUGAAGAGGAGGAGAGCAUCUACGAGCCUAGCGUAUAUGACGACAGUGAUGCAGAACUAGAAGACAGAUCAAGACCUCAUCCAAUAGAUGAAACACAUAGAGUGACACUACGGUAUGACACAGAGAAACAUAUCAACCCAAGAACUGGGGAAGUUAUAGAUGGAGUUAAACAUCCACCUGCAGAUAAAAACCCACUUUCCUAUGACGUACAAAAUAUAGAGCCUGUAGCACCCGGUAAUAUCGUCAGAAAGUAUGGGGUAAAAGAGGAAGCUUCAUCCCACAGCUCCACAAAAGAUAGCGCAUACGGAUCAAUGGAAGUAAAAGUCAACACGUCUUCGAGAACAACAUACAAAACUGACAAUAAACAAUUGCUAACUUUGGAUCCCGUUCGGAAUAGUCCCAGCAGAUCUUUGAGCGGGUCGUCGAUGCAGCAAAAUAGAUCGCCUCUGAUCUCCCAUGCACAAAGAAUACAGAGAAGUGAAGAAGUAUUUUCUAAAGAACUGGAGAACAGCAUGAAAGGAAGUACAUCCACACUUCAUUCUUUGGCAGCCUCAUCUCGAUCAAACAGUUUACAAGUGACCCAGAACAGUUCAUUAGAUAGCUCUUCAAAUUUAAAUCUCGAGGCUUCUGUGCAAAGUGAUAACGGAGUUUCGAUGAGACCAAUACAUCCGGCUAUGACUCAGAAUGGAUUCAGCCCCGGCCCCAAGCAAAGGGAACGGUCAUCGGCUUACACAUCCAUGAAAAGCACUGUUUAUGAUAGAGUAAACACUCGUAGAGAAGCAUCUAGCUCUAAUGAAUACCAAAACAAUCAAGUGCUUGAAAGUCCCUACACGUCAAUGAUGAAUAUUGUUCAAGGUCAAAUAAAAAUAGCUCCACAUGGAAAUGAAAUCAACAGAAACACUGUGAAUGUGUCGGUAACUCCUGUAUCUCAGAAUAAGAGAAUGUAA